AUGUCAAUGCUUCGAUUUAAGCCCGGCAUGGUAGUAGACCAAAUAGAGCCCCUAUUUUUGUCCUGUUCCGAGGAAGAUCAUACUUUUGAUGGGCCAUCCCGCCGCAUGGCUUUGGAUAUUUUGCAAGCGAGAAACAAGACAUACCAGCUCCAGCUUUUCUCCGGCGUGGAGCAUGGCUUGGCUCUGCGUGGAAACAUGGACGACGCUUAUGAGCGAUAUGUAAAAGAACAAUCUCUACGAGGCAUUGUGCAGUGGUUUGACUUCUGGAAAUGGGAGAUCGGUAAUGGCCGUGCAACGGCGAUCUUGCUCGCACGGAAGGGCGCCAAGGUUGCUCUGGUAGAUUACAAUGUUGGCUGGGCCCAAGAGACAAAGAACUUGAUUGAUCUUGAUGGUGGUCAAUCGGUGGUAAUCCAGGCUGACACCGUCGAAACGUUCGGAACGGUUCACAUACUUGUCAACAUUGUGGGGUUUGGAGGUGCCAUGGGAGAUGUUACGAAACUUGACCUUGACGCAUGGGACAGAGACUUCAAGAUUAAUGUGACCAGCAUGGUCAUGAUGAGCCGCCAUGUCGUGCCGGAGGUGAGAAAGAAUGGACGCGGCGCAAUCGUCAAUAUGUCCUCAGUCAGUGGCCUCCUAGGAGGCAACCCCAGUCUGCUGUACCCCACCACAAAGGGGGCAAUUAUCCAGAUGACUCGCGCUAUGGCGGCUCAACAUGGCCCUGAAAACAUCCGAGUGAACUGUGUCUGCCCGGGAAUGGUGUUCACUCCUAUGGUACGCGGUAGAGGAAUGACGGAUGAGAUGCGCCAGGCUCGGAUUAAUCAGAAUCUCCUGAAGCAGGAAGGGACAGGUUGGGACGUUGGUUAUGCAAUUCUUUUUCUUUGCAGCAAGGAGGCUAAGUGGAUCACUGGACUGAUCAUGCCUGUUGACGGUGGGACAACAGCAGGCAAAGCAGACAGACCAGCCCUAAAGCCAGACACACUUGCGGAGCAGGUGAAAGGCAUUCCAAACAAGGGAUGA